UCCUCUUGGACCCCUUCGAGGCCCCAGGGGUCUCCACCCCAGCCCAACUCCAGGGCCCCAAAGAGGGGAGGGGCUGUGAUCCAGGGUCUGGAAGGGGCUGAGCCGCAAGCUAUAAAGGGGGUAUCCCUCCACAAGAGGGGCACUCCAGGCAGUGUGACCUGAGGCCAGGCGGGGCUACUCCAUGUACCAUCCAAGAGAGUUGUACCCCUCCCUGGGGACCAGCUACCGCCUGGGGCCUCCCCAGCCAGGGGUGGACUCCAGCUUCCCGCCUGCCCUGGCUGAGGGCUACCACUACCCAGAUUUGGACACUCCCAAACUAGAUUGCUUCCUCUCUGGGAUUGAGGGUGCUCCGCGUACACUGCCCGCGCCCCCACCUCUACCCCCGGCCCUGGGCACUGAGCCAGCCCCACCAACCCCAGAGGCCCUUCACUUGCUCCCUGGGGUCAGCCUGAGCCUGGAGAACCGGGAGCUGUGGAAGGAGUUCAGCUCAGUGGGGACCGAGAUGAUCAUCACCAAAGCCGGAAGGCGCAUGUUUCCUGCUUGCCGAGUAUCUGUCACCGGCCUGGACCCUGAGGCCCGCUACCUCUUUCUCCUGGACGUGGUUCCGGUAGACGGGGCCCGCUACCGCUGGCAGGGCCGGCGCUGGGAGCCCAGUGGCAAGGCCGAGCCACGCCUGCCUGACCGAGUCUAUAUUCACCCUGACUCUCCCGCCACCGGUGCCCACUGGAUGCGGCAGCCUGUGUCUUUCCAUCGUGUCAAGCUCACCAACAGCACGCUGGACCCCCACGGCCACCUGAUUUUACACUCCAUGCACAAGUACCAGCCCCGCAUACACCUGGUGCGGGCCGCCCAGCUUUGCAGCCAGCACUGGGGGGGUGUUGCCUCUUUCCGCUUUCCUGAAACUACGUUCAUCUCCGUGACAGCCUACCAGAACCCACGGAUCACACAACUGAAGAUCGCAGCCAACCCCUUUGCCAAGGGCUUCCGGGAGAAUGGCAGAAACUGUAAGAGGGAGCGAGAUGCCCGUGUGAAGAGGAAACUGAGGGGCCCAGAGCCAGGAGCCACAAAGGCCUAUGGGAGUGGCGACGCCCCAGGUGGUCCCUGCGACUCCACACUUGGAGGUGAUGUUCAUGAGUCACACCCGGAGCAGGCCCCAGCCUCGCGGGAAACUGCCCCUGCCCCAGCUCCUCCACGCAGCGGCCCCAGUGCUGAGGCCUACCUCCUGCAUCCUGCCGCUUUCCACGGGGCCCCUGGUCACCUUCCAACCAGGACCCCCAGCUUCCCUGAGGCUCCAGACUCUGGGCGCCCAGCCCCCUACUCAACCGCUUUCCUGGAGCUGCAGCCCGGGCCAGGGGGCUCAGGGUACCCAGCAGCUCCACCCUCAGCACCCUUUGCCCCACACUUUCUCCAGGGGGGUCCCUUCCCUCUACCCUAUCCUGGGGGUUACCUGGAUGUGGGCUCCAAACCAAUGUACUGAGCCAUUGCUGGGCCUCUCUGCCUCUGUCUCCCAUCACAAGCCUCCAAUUCCCCUGCCCCCAGCCCUGUAGCCCCCUCACUUCCAUCAGCCCCACCCCCACACCAAAUGGCUGCCUUAGGCCUUCCCCCCCAACCCCUUCACACUUUGAUUUCACUCCCACCCCCGUCUGGCUUCAAAGCCCUGGCCAGGCUGCUGGGAGCCCAGCUGGGGCCAGCUUCCCCUUCCAGGCUCUCACCUCGGUGUGAAUGGAGGGAGGCUCUGCCUGGCCAAAUGGGGCCCCAGACCAGCACCCCCACCUCCUGGGCCUCACCCUGAGGCCCAGGCCAGUUCUACCCUCAUAGGCCCAGUGCAAGCCACACCAGUCUGUUCUCAGGACCAACCAGAGUAUUUUUGUUAAUAAAACUUCAAAGAUAGCAGU